AUGACACUCAAAACUGCAACCUUGCUGCUACUGGUAAAUGUCGGCAUAGCGGCUGCUUUUCAACCAUUGUUGAUAUCUUCUAGAUCGCGUCCACAGGUUUCGUCGAGGAAGCAUACUCCUCUUUUCGCGACCAAAGAAGAUGUCGCCAAUAAAUUCGACAUUACAUCGAAAUACCUUUCCUCUGCGCUUUUUUCCAAAACAGCAUCGUCGCUGGCGUUAUCGUUGGCAAUUACCGCUUCGGCUAUUUUACCAGCGUACGCCGUGGACGCGCAGAUUUUUACCAACGAUUACGCCGACCCGUUUCAUCCACUCUGUCAACGUCACGUGGAAGUCUUCAAAGACGGCAAAAGCUUUCAUUAUUCCGGCACAGCUGUCGGUCCUAAGGGCGAUACUGUUCUACGGGGCUGUAGUGCGCAAGAGAUUAAAGACUUUGGUCUCCGCAAAGGCGCUUUUGACGGAAUUAUUCUCUCUGACAAUCGCAUCAGUGCCGGCGAUGAUAUCCACGAAGGUGUUUGGGAGCCAGCCAACAGUGCAUCAACAACUUUGGGCUACGAAGAUGUCGACGGAAUUCGGUGGAAUGACGGGAACAAGUGGAUUGUAAAGUCUCAAUCGAUUGCCAAAGUCAAGGGUGACAAAUACGUUGUGGAAAGCAAGAGUGGUGCCACUCGUGUCGGCGAGGUAAUUUUCCUCGCCUACAUUGGCUUUAGCACGUUGGCGGGAGCCAAGGGUGUAUAUGAUGGCAUCCAACGUAAACGACAACAACAAGAGGCGUAA